GUAGAUUUGACAUCAUAGAGGACAACGACGCAGAUGUGAUACGAAAUCAACGGGAUCCGCUGUCAACAUCUUCCCUCGAUGCGCCUGCCCAAGUCGACUGCGCCCCGGAACUUCGCAGCGCACAGCUGACGGUGUCCCCCAACAUGACAGUUGCAACCCCCGUCAACUGCUUCCAAUGUUUAAUCGCCACUAAUUACGUGCUCUGCACAUCCAGCAUGCGAAGGUCCAGGGCAUCUGUAAUGCUAUCCCGUUUUGCCGACAUCCAUGGAUAUGCUGCCCUCCCCUCCGUCGUCGCCUACUGGGGUGGACAGCAAGGUGCGUCUGGAGCAGUCCCCUCGAUGGGUGCGCCCGCUGUCGAGGUGGGUUCGACCGUAGGCCCCGUCUCUUGCACGGGCUCCCACCACUCGGCAAACUCCUCCGCCUCCUUCUUCCAUUCCCCAAGGCUAUCGAGCUCGGCCAGAGCAAUCGUCGCGAGUGCGGUGCGCUUGAUCAAUCCGGGCCCGGGGAAGUGGGUUGAGGACGGCUGUGCCGUCCAGUUCUCCUUGUCGGAAAAGUCCAUUUCCGGGCUCGGCGACGCGGUAGCGGCUCUCAUCUCAGCCUUGUCAAACAACACCAUAUUCGUGAGUACACACUUCGUAACGUUUGAAAAUGAUGAUGACUCACUAGAUUGGCAUCGUUGUUCUCGGUCGUUUCGGGGUUUGUUCUCUCAGAGUCCAUGGAACUCGAACAAAGCUCGAAGAGGUCAUAAUCCGUGGGUGGGACGUUCAUCGUCGAGGAAAGGUGGGGUAGGAGACCGAGGGAAUCUAUGUCCGCUUCAUUUAUAUACUCCAAGACGAAGCAAUCGUAGUCACCGGCGUCCUUCGAGGUCGUGGAAUGCGUGACGUUGUUGAUCGCCAUGUACGACAGGAAAGUCUCGUAGCUUGCUUCCAUAACUAUUGUUGCGAGUCGACAAUAAGGCGAGGAGAGUCUGACUUU